CUUUAGACGUUCUCAGAGAUGUCAUUACAAACGAUCGCGAUCGCCGCUAUCGCGGUGGUGUACUUUAUCAUCCGCUACUUGAACCGCACCGAUGUCCCAAAGAUCAAAGGCAUCCCAGAGAUUCCCGGCGUUCCUCUCUUCGGAAAUCUUUUACAACUCGGUGACCAGCACGCGACGGUCGCGGGAAAAUGGGCGAAGAAGUUCGGACCGGUGUUCCAAGUGCGCAUGGGGAACAAGCGCGUGGUGUUUGCCAACAGUUUCGACUCCGUGCGCCAGCUCUGGAUUAAGGACCAAUCCGCGCUCAUUUCUCGCCCGACAUUCCACACUUUCCAUAGCGUCGUUUCUAGCUCGCAGGGAUUUACUAUUGGUACAUCCCCCUGGGAUGAAUCCUGCAAGAGACGGCGCAAGGCGGCUGCGACGGCGCUGAAUCGCCCCGCGGUGCAGUCGUACAUGCCGAUCAUUGACUUGGAAGCCACCGCUAGUAUUAAGGAACUGUUCAAGGAUAGCCAGAAUGGAACGGUGGAUGUGAACCCUACUGCUUAUUUCCAGCGGUUUGCGCUUAAUACCAGUCUUACGCUGAACUACGGGUUCCGGAUCGCGGGAAAUGUUGAUGAUGAGCUACUCAAGGAAAUUGUCGAUGUCGAACGUGGAGUGUCGAACUUCCGCAGUACGAGCAAUAACUGGCAGGAUUAUAUUCCGUUACUCCGGAUUUUGCCUAAAAUGAACCGCGAGGCUGAGGAAUUCCGUGUCCGUCGGGAUAAGUACUUGACGUAUUUGUUGGAUAUUCUCAAGGACAGAAUUGCUAAGGGAACGGACACGCCGUGUAUUACUGGAAAUAUCUUGAAGGACCCGGAAGCAAAGCUUAAUGAGGCGGAGGUGAAGUCUAUUUGCUUGACGAUGGUUUCGGCUGGUCUGGAUACUGUUCCCGGUAAUCUGAUCAUGGGCAUUGCAUAUCUGGCUUCUGAGGACGGUCAGCGGAUUCAGCAGAAGGCCUAUGACGAGAUCAUGAAAGUCUACCCGGAUGGCGAUGCAUGGGAAAAGUGCUUGGUUGAGGAGAAGGUUCCAUAUGUGUCGGCCUUGGUUAAGGAAACUCUGCGAUUCUGGACUGUCAUCCCGAUUUGCCUGCCACGCGUAAACAUCAAGGAAAUAGAGUUUAACGGGGCAAAGAUUCCGGCUGGCACGACCUUCUUCAUGGUAAGAUACUUCCUUCUCUCUGGCCUGUGCUCCAGGAACCAUACUCAUUGAUGUACAGAACGCCUGGGCUGCCGACUACGACGAGGACCAUUUCAAGAUGCCGGAAAAAUUCAUCCCUGAGCGAUAUCUCGAAGUCUCUGAAGGCUCUGGUACCCCACACUACGGAUAUGGGGCCGGCUCACGGAUGUGUGCGGGAUCCCACCUUGCUAAUCGCGAGCUUUUCACGGCAUACGUCCGACUGAUCACUGCUUUCACAAUGCAUCCAGCGCAGAACCCGGCAGAUCGCCCGAUCCUGGAUGCGAUCGAGUGCAAUGCGAUUCCCACGGCCCUGACCACAGAGCCAAAACCAUUCAAGGUUGGUUUCAAGCCGCGGGAUGCUCCCAAGCUUCAACAAUGGAUCGUGGAG